UCGGACAUUUAUUUGACAGAAGUGCGGGAGUGCUCUCGUGUCGCCGAAUGCCAAUCGCUGUCGCAGCGGAAAAUGACGCGGACUGGGAGGCACCACUAAUGGCGGCCCGGCGUUGCAUGGAUUACUGGCAAAAUGCCGGGCCGCCGCCGUCUGCUGCACCGACUCCACCGGCCGUUGAAGCGCGGCACGAGACUCCGGGGGUGUCUUCCAAGGAUUUUGGCGGACCUGGUUCCAGCUCUUCGUAUGGAGGAACGAGGCGACGUCAUUCUCUCGGACGAGGUCACAUCCAGCUCCGGCCUUCCUUGGGAUCCAGUUUUUCGGGAAAGAAACGACAGCUUGCCAGAGAGGAGUCUCUUCAGGGUGCGGCUGGAAAAGCUAGCAGGCCAAGAUCAAGGACGACGAGUUUAGACGAAAUUUCAGGGACCGGCCUAAAAAAAGCCAAGGAAUAUGAGGAAUGA